AUGGCGGACGCCGACACUCCCGUUACCCUGCGAACUCGCAAGUUCAUCCGCAACCCUCUCCUGGGUCGCAAGCAGAUGGUCGUUGACAUCCUGCACCCCGGCCGUGCCAACAUCUCCAAGGAGGAGCUCCGCGAGAAGCUGUCCGGCAUGUACAAGGCCACCAAGGACCAAGUCUCCGUCUUUGGUCUGCGCACCCAGUUCGGUGGCGGCAAGACCACUGGCUUUGCCCUCGUCUACGACUCCCCCGAGGCUAUGAAGAAGUUCGAGCCCCACUACAGGCUGGUCCGUGUCGGCAUGGCCACCAAGAUCGAGAAGGCGAGCAGACAACAGCGCAAGCAGCGCAAGAACCGACAGAAGACUCUCCGGGGUACGGCGAAGACCAAGGGUGCCAAGGCGAAGAAGGAGAAAUAA